AUGGAACAGAGAGUGGAACAUGGGGACAAUAUGAGAAGUAGAUUCUUGAAAAUGAAGGAUAUAUUUAUGGCGCUGUUUGUUCGUCUGCUUCUCUUCAUCCACUCGGUGUUGGCGUACUGGCGCGUGGAGUCCACUGGGCGGUAUGGACAGAGUUGGUGGUUCCUCCUGCUCCUGGUGCUGCAGCUUCUGGAGGCUGGUUACACGGUCAUCAGAAGAAAAGGAGUGGAAAACGAGUGGUUUUGUGUUUGCUAUUUGUGUUAUCUAGCAAGCAUUGUACCGGCCAUUAUAAUGUUGGAGAUAGAUAGACUAAUACGUCUCGACCAGGGAAACAAGUCGCAACCAGGGUCACUUUCAACCAUUCCAGAGUUAAAUGUUCAUCUUACUCUGAAUUCACAAAUCUGGGUCUCCAUCCUCGAGCAACUGAUGCUGUUUCUGAUGGUCCUGGGAAGACUCCUGCUGCCAAGGGGCAAACUGUCGCGCGACCAGCUCUCUCAGCUCUUGUUCGUCUACAUCGGCAUGGCUUCUGACGUCACGGACCUCUUCCAGCUGUUCAACGAACGUAACGUGAGGAAGGACAAACCGCUGACGUACAGCAUCUUCGCUGUCUGGACAGUCAGCCUCUUACUCUUCACUGUUGUCCUCACGGCAUCCAUGAGCCCCAAAAAGAGCAGAGUGGCGCCCAGCAGGAACUGCGGGGAAGGUGGCGAAACCAGCAGAUGCGCCGUCCUGCGUAUGUUUUUCGAAACUGAGAUCUGGAGUAUUGUGCUGACGUUCCUGUUUCAGGACGGUCCGUUCCUGUGCGUGCGUCUGGUGGCGAUAAUUAAACACCGUCUCCUCAACUACACCGUCAUCUUCUUCGCCAGCAAAAACGUGUUCGUCACCUUGCUGUUGAUGUACAGGUUAUACGUCUUGUGUUUCGCAGAGCGGCCGGAGCCCAAACAGGAGGAUGAACAAGCGCCUGACAGAAGCUGCUCUGAAACCGGUUCCAGUACCUAGCCAUUGUAACCAGAGCAUCUCAGAACGCGGCGCUAGAUUCGACAAGUCAUAACAGAACAUCUCUAAACCCAUCGCUAGCUCUUACACUCUGGU